GCCACCCAAGUAACACCUUAGUCUGUUACGCGGCCACAAAACUUCACGUCGUCAAAAUCAUUUUCACGUUGAGAUAAAUAACGGAUUAACCAGUAAACGGAAUUACGACGGAGUGAUUUUUUUUUCAUGGUUAUUACACAACCCUUUUUAUUCAUUACUCCUAUGAUUUUAGUAAACAAGUGGUUAUUUAUUUUGUGGUAAAUCCAAGUGAGAGUUCUUGAGACGUAUUUAUUUUGUGAGAAUUGUGAAAAUUAUAUGAGAAUUCUUGGCUAGAGAUUGAAGGGUAUUAAAGAUAUGACAUGUAAUGCCGGGAACUUACCAUCAAUUUUGCCGGCCGUCGGACGCUGUGGCAAGGCUAUAGGAUUGUCAUUAAAUUUUCAAUAGGAUAUAAUUGUUCGGAUAUUCACUGAGGAUUUUUUGGUGGCGAGUUUCGAAGGGGAAAUGUUGGCAUGAUGAAAUAAUAGUUGAACGAAAAUUUUCAAUCGCAAAAGUUGGGCAAUCAAAGUUGACAAUAAUGUUAUCGUGUGGCAAAGUGCUCGCGACGUGAAUCGAAUUUAUUCGAUGGAUCCAACGUGAUACCACUGACAUAAUUGAUAAACAAAGUAAAUGCAAUAAAUCACUGAUGAAGUGAAUUACAAGUUGAAGUGAUAUUGUGCAGUGAACAAAUGAAUCGAUUAUAUUAAAAUUUCCGAAAAACAAUUCGAAAGAUGUCGGUUUUGUUGGGGUCAAGAUCAGGGCGUGUUUUUAAAAAAGAAAUUUAUCUACUUCGUCCAAUAUCGCGAGAACGCUCCAAAAGACCAGCAUGAGCAUGCACAUCAUUGCUAGUUGAAAACAUUUGAAAGAGAAAUAUUAAAAAUCCAAAUGCAGAAUUUCAAAAUUUAUUGAUAGAAACUACGGGGAAUAAUAUCGGAUACGUAAAGACUUGAAGGUGAAAAAAAAAAUAUCUCUUUCAAAGGGAUAAAGUAGGAGAUUAUUGAGUCACUCGAAGAGUAAUCGACUCCAUAAAAAAAAACCGAAGCUAAUCUCGAUGAGAUUCGAACAAGACACGCCGUGCAGGGGUACCCACUGCGCCAGUACACCAUUACAGGCACCGCAGCGUAUUCACCCAAAGAUAGAAUUAGAAACACCAGUCGAGGAGGUGUCAGCCGAUCAUACUGAUUACCCCAACCGUGAUAAACGCACUGAUACAAAUUAUUACGAUUGCAAUAGUGAUAAAUUUGAGCUUGUGAAUAACGAUACAGUUGAGGGUGGAAAAACGGGUCACAGAGGGGUGACGGGGGGGCCUGGGAUGGCGUACCCCGCACCAGCAGGGCCAACAAUUAAUCAACACUCGCCAUUUUCAGCGAUAAGUAAUUCGGCGAGUCAGGGUAACGGACAUAUUGCAACGAGCCAUUUACCGGCACCGGCGGCACCCAGACCGACUGAUUUUAGUGUUUCUUCGUUGUUGACCGCUGCCAAUACUCAUUCAACACAUUUGGGGGGAUCCUCAUCACAGGGUAGUGCAUCACCACCCCCUGGUGGACCCAGUAGUCCAGCUGCUGCACCUGAAACACCACCACCGCAUAAUAAUCAAAGAGACUUAUCGCACAAUUCAGCGGAGGCAGCGGCUGCUAAUUAUUUUAACGCUUUGGCUGCUGCCGGAUUCUGCAAUCCAGGGGCACACUUUCCCACCAAUAACUCACCAAACGCACAUCACUUAGGAGCUAAAGGACUCAUUGGAAGUCCUCAUCAUCAUCCGCAGUUCAAUCUUCACGGUCUCACGCCUCAAGGUCUUGGACUGGGUCCUCACACGCCUGAGGAAGCGAACGCUGCCGUCCUGGCAGCCGCAGCAGCAGCUCUACAUCACCACCAUCAGGGUGGGCCAGGUGGACCGGCCAUGAGGCCACUGAGGUUGCCACUGCCUCCGGGCAUGAUGCACUCAUCGCCACUACCUCUGGCCCCCCAUCAUCCACUGGCUGCACCCCAUCAUCUUGUACCACCUCAUCCUCCUGAGGACGAUGGUGUUGUUGAUGAUCCGAAAGUUACCCUCGAGGGUAAAGAGCUCUGGGAAAAGUUCCACAAACUUGGAACCGAAAUGGUGAUUACCAAGAGCGGCCGGCAGAUGUUUCCUCAGAUGAAGUUCCGAGUGUCCGGCUUGGACGCCAAGGCCAAGUACAUACUUCUCCUGGACAUCGUCGCUGCCGAUGACUACAGAUAUAAAUUUCACAACAGUAGAUGGAUGGUAGCUGGCAAAGCUGAUCCCGAAAUGCCCAAGAGAAUGUACAUACACCCGGACUCACCGAGCAGCGGUGAACAGUGGAUGCAGAAAGUAGUCAGCUUUCACAAGCUUAAACUCACCAACAACAUGAGCGACAAGCACGGCUAUGUAAGUACUACGAUAUUAAAUUCGAUGCACAAGUACCAGCCAAGGUUCCACCUCGUUCGAGCAAAUGAUGUGCUCGCGCUGCCGUACUCAACAUUCAGAAGUUACGUCUUCAAGGAAACGGAAUUCAUAGCCGUAACAGCCUACCAGAAUGAAAAAAUAACGCAGUUGAAAAUUGAUAACAACCCCUUCGCCAAAGGAUUCCGAGAUACGGGAGCGGGAAAGCGAGAGAAAAAAAGACAGGCGCUGUUAACCGUAUCAGGCGGCGGUUCUCGGUUAACGUCAGGUGCACCAGCAUCACCAGACAAACGCAGGUCGUCAAACUCGGUGAAUGAUAUGCUGGAUGAUGAGGACAAGUUACUAGACGUGGUAGGGCCAGACACGCCGCAUCCUGCACAUCAUCGCGAGCACUCAAGGGAGAGAGAUGAUAGGACAAGUGAGCGUGAGGGUAGUGAAUCGUCGGGAUCGGAGAGUGGUGGAAUGCCUGGUGGUCCAACCUCAGAGGGUCCAAGAACUGAUAUCUCAGUGGGCCCACCAGUUUUACAUCCACCAUUGCUGCCAUAUUUUUAUCCUUCUGUCCCAGGAUUAUAUCCUGGGCCAGGUCCUUUGAUACCUCCGAAUCCUUUGGGGCUUCAUAGUGGAGUGACUCCUAGUAUGUUGCUCAAUGCUCAAUUGGCGUUGGCUGCUUCCCAACAUCCAGCAUUAUUUGGCCAUUAUCCUCAUCCCCUCUCAAGUCCUCUUCAUCAACUCAAGGGGCACAGGUUCGCCCCCUAUGCACUGCCAGCGCCAUCUCAUGGAUCUGCAUUUGAAACAGUAACACCUGGGAGUAGAACCCUGAGUCCUAGAUCACCACCUCCAAGACCUCCAACAGGAUCUCCAACACCAGGGAGUGGAGUUUCGUUAACAUCAAAUAGUGGAAUAUCAGCUGGAGAACUUAAAUCUAUUGAGAAUAUGGUGAAUGGUCUCCAAGAGAGGCGAAAUAUUAAGAGGAGAAGAAGCCCGAGUUUAACUCCUGGACAUAGAAACGAAGCGGAUGGUGGUGGUGGGAGUCCGUGACAAGAGAACGAGCCUGUGAGUA